CACACACACACACACCGCCGUGGCGGAACGCGCUGCUGUCGCUCAGUGAUUUUCUCCGCGUCUCCCGGACUUUUUGCUCCGCGCUUUCUCUGUCUCUGUCUUCUCCAGCAGGUCAUACUGGAAAGUAAACGACUAAAAAAAAACCAAAGGCAGGACAUAAAAAACCAUUGGAUACAGUCUGACCCAAGAGUUGAAAGGGUCAAAGGUCAUGAUCUCACUUUGAUCCCAGAUUCUUCCCUUCCGCUCUGGUGACCUCAUGUUCCACACCUUCCCCAACAAAUCACGGGCGCAGACGUCGGUCAGCAUGGAGAAGACGUACUCGCUCACGGCGCACUACGACGACUUCCAGGAGAUCAAGUACGGCAGUCGGUACAGCAGCAGCACGCUGAGUAACGGCAUGAGUUUGCAGCUGGGCGGAUCCCUGGACCGCGGCAGCCGCGGGCGGAGUGGGCGGGACAAAUGCGUGGGCGGAGCCGGGCCCGGGGGCGGGACUCCGGCCCGCUGGAGCCGGCGUGAAAUCUGCCUGCUGUCUGCGCUGGUGUUCGCGGCGGGGAUGUGCGUGAUUCUCGGAUGCAUGCUGGCGCUGAAGUUUCUGUCGCUGGAAGCGCAGGAUUCUCAGUGCCGUCAGGACUGCGUGAAACGGCGCUCGCUGCUACGGGCCGCGCGCUUCGUCCAGGGGAACGUGGACCCGAGCGUACAGCCCUGUCACGACUUCUACAGCUUCGCGUGCGGCGGGUGGCUCCGGCGACACGGGAUACCGGAGGAUAAACUGAGCUACGGGAUCAUCACCGCCAUCGGAGAGCAAAACCAGGACAAGCUGCAGCGCCUCCUACAGGCGCCGGUCGGGAGGAAAGAGCAGGACAGCGCAGAGAGAAAGGUGAAAGAUUUUUACCGCUCGUGUAUCAACAUGAAGGAAAUCGAUCGCCUGGGGGCGGGGCCUAUGACUGAGGUGAUUGAAAGCUGUGGUGGGUGGGACUUAUCUGGAGCUCCUCCCGGAGGGGCGGGGUGGGACAGUGGCUCCGCCCCCGUGAGGCCAGAUUUUAAUGAGAUGCUGUACAAGACGCAGGGAAUUUACAGCACAUCCGUGUUCUUCUCUCUCACCGUCAGCGUGGACGACAAAAACUCGUCACGCAACGCCAUACGGAUUGAUCAGGAGGGUUUGACUCUGCCAGAAAGGACUCUGUAUCUCGGACAGGAUGAAGACAGUGUGAAGAUUCUGGCGUCCUAUAAGGCACUGAUGGAAAGGUUGCUGAGCAUGCUGGGAGCUCACAAUGCCACGCUGAAAUCUCGAGAGAUUCUGGAUCUGGAGACCAGACUUGCAAAUAUCACUGUGUCUGAAUACGAAGACCAAAGAAAAGACAUCAGCAGCAUGUACAACCGAAUAACAUUGAAACAAUUGCAGAAAAUGGCUCCAAGUUUCCACUGGAAGCGUUUGUUGGACCGGAUCUUCAACGAUAAUUUCUCUGAGGAAGAGGAGAUCAUAGUUUUGGCCACAGACUACAUGCAGACGGUGUCAGACAUCAUUAAAACCACGUCUAAACGGGUUCUUCAUAACUACAUGUUGUGGCGUAUCGUGGCGGCGCUGAGCGAGCAUCUCUCCACGGCGUUUCGCAGCACGAUUCACGAGUUCUCGCGUGAGAUCGACGGCACCGAGCGUCAGCUGGAUCUGGAGCGUCUGUGUCUCAAUCAGGCCAACAAACACUUCGGGAUGGCGCUCGGCGCGCUCUUCGUCCAGCAGCACUUCUCCUCCUCCAGCAGAGCCAAGGUACAGGAGCUGGUGGAGGACAUUAAACACUCGUUAGAUCAGAGACUACAGGAGCUCGACUGGAUGGAUGAAGAAACCAGAGACGCUGCACGAGCGAAGCUGCAGCACAUGAUGGUUAUGACGGGUUAUCCUGACUUCCUGUUAAAGCCUGAACUUAUCGACGAGGAGUACAGGUUUGAUGUGAACGAGAAAACGUACUUCAAGAACAUCCUGAACAGCAUCAAAUACAACAUCAAACUCUCCAUCAGGAAGAUCCAUAAGGAGGUGGACAAGACCACGUGGCUUCUUCCACCACAGGCAUUAAAUGCGUAUUACCUACCAAACAAAAACCAGAUGGUUUUUCCUGCAGGAAUUCUCCAGCCGACUCUCUAUGAUCCCGAAUUCCCUCAGUCACUGAAUUACGGAGGAAUCGGAGCGAUCAUCGGUCACGAGCUCACACACGGAUACGACGACUGGGGUGGACAGUACGAUCGCUACGGCAACCUGAAGCAGUGGUGGACAGAAGAGUCGUACAGGAAGUUUCAGAAGAAGGCGGAGUGUAUCGUCAAACUCUACGACAACUUCACUGUUUACAACCAGAGAGUUAAUGGGCGUUUGACGCUGGGCGAGAACAUCGCUGAUCUGGGCGGACUGAAGUUGUCUUAUUAUGCGUAUCAGAAGUGGGUUCGUGAGCACGGUCCGGAGCGUCCUCUGCCGGGACUCAAAUACACACACGAGCAGCUGUUCUUCAUCGCGUUUGCUCAGAACUGGUGUAUGAAGAGACGAUCGCAGUCCAUUUACCUGCAGCUGCUGACGGAUAAACACGCGCCUGAACAUUACAGGGUGAUCGGCAGCGUGUCUCAGUUCGAGGAGUUCGGUCGUGUGUUUCACUGUCCCAGAGGGUCGCCCAUGCAUCCGCUCAACAAAUGCUCCGUCUGGUGACCUUUGACCCCCGAGCGUCUCCUCAUCGCCCUCGAUUCCAUGACGACCCGCUCCGAGCUGCUCCGCACCGUUUGAUGUUUACAGCAUUUGAAGAGUGAUCAGAAUCAGCCUCGUCCUCAUCGUCACGUGCCAUAUCUCACACACGUCUUUCUUUCAAAUCUUUAUUUUUAUAUUCGGAUGCAGAGCGUGUCGAUUCAGUCUCGUUACGGCUGAUGUUUGUAUGGAGGUGUGUGUGUGUGUGUGUGUGAGAGAGAGGCGGCGCUGUAUUGUAGGCAUGUUGAUGUUUUGAUAUGACGUGUUUUGUCAGACAUGUUCAGUGUUUUUUAAGUAGAAACGGCUGCUGAACUGACUGUCGUCAGCUUGACAGAGAAGAAAAAUCUAAAUCCAGUGAUUUCAUGUUGCCCCUGUAUGUGCUGAUUCUGUAUUAAACCUGUUUCUGCCAUGGAAAAAAACAAACAAACUUAAUUGCAACUUUUUAUCUCGCAAUUACAACUUUUUUCUCUGAAUUGCAGGUUUGUAUCUUGCAGUUAAAAAUUGCAUACUCACAGUUCUGAGUUUACAUCUCGCAAUUUUUUCAUGCAAUUCUGACAUGUUUCUCUUAAUUCUGUUUUUGAGUUUACAUCAUACAGUUUUGACUUUUUCUUAUAAAAGUCAAAACACAGUUCUGACUUUUUCUUGUAAUUCUAACUUUUUUCUUGCAGUUUAAUUAUUUUCUUGCAAUUCUGACUUUUUGUCUCGCAAUUUAAUUUUUUCUUGCAAUUCAGUUUUUUGUCUUGCAAUUCUGACUUUUUUUUAUUGAAAUCUGACUUUUUUUCUUGCAAUUAUGAUUUUUCUCACGAUUAAUUUUGUUCUUGCAAUUCUGUCUUUUUUCGUGCAAUCCAAUUUUUUUUUCUUGCAAUUAUGAUUUUUCUCACAAUUAUUUUUUUCGUGCAAUUCUGACUUUUUUCUUGCAAUUUAAUUUUUUCUUGCAAUUCUGACUUUUUUAUUGCAAUCCAAAUUUUUUUCUUGCAAUUAGGAUUUUUCUCACAAUUAUUUUUUUUCUUGCAAUUCUUACUUUUUUUGCAGUUUAAGUUUUUUCCAUGCAAUUCUGUCUUUUUUCUUGCAAUCCAAUAUGUUUCUUGCAAUUAAGAUUGUUAUCACAAUUGUUUUUUUUUCUUGCAAUUCUUACCUUUUUUUUGCAAUUAAAUUUUUUUUUCUUGCAAUUCUGACACUUUUUCUUGCAAUUCUGACUUUUUUCUUGCAAUUUAAUUUUUUCUUGCAAUUCUGACUUUUUUAUUGCAAUCCAA